AAAGUCAAAUUCUGUAAUCUUUGGUCUUGUGAGUAGAAUGAUGCAAUUAUUACCAAAUAAUCAUGUGUAUUCUGUGAAAAAGCUCCGUUACACCAGGCUUGUUCUAGACGUGCUUGAACAUCGCAGCCAUUUUCACACAAAAUAGCAGGAGUUCGGUGUUAAAGCAUAUAGCGUAAAAUAAGAUUUCCAUUAGAGUCUUCUACAGCGACUACACCCUCAGCACCAUCCAAGGUCUAUUUCCCAUUUUACAGCCACUGCCCCCUGUGAAUAAAAUAGUAAAUUUAUGAAAUUUCUAAAUAUUAAUAGAUGCACUAUUCAGACAAAACUAUCAGGACACCUGCCUUUUCCAGCCACAUGUACUUCUGCAAACUGUUCCACACAAUUGUACAGGACGUCUUUGGACGUGGUAACAAGGUUCUGAAUUAGGAGACCCCAAACAUGUUCCAGCAUGACGAUGCCAAACCCCAGUGGACAAAACCAGCUCGAUGAAGACAUUUUUGACAUGGGGGUGGAGUGGAAGAUCUGCUGCUAUAGAGCUAUAAUCCAUAUUGAACUGGAACCCCAGGUCUCCCAAUUACAUUAAAUUACAAUUCCCUUCACGUUUAUGACAACCUGGUUCAGGAUAUGGCUCAAGUGUGAGAACUUUAAACACUAAUUUUGAAUAUCGAAAGUGAGGUUUUCUUUAUUGGUGCAAAGAUUUCCUGUUGCAUUUGUCUAAAAAGAGACUGAGGAAUAAAUAUAUAGGGUCAUAAGAUUGCAAAAACAUUGACUCCAAUGGUGGCUCAAGACUUACGGUACUGUGUAUAAGAUAAAAUUCUAUAUUACUCGCAGCUAAUUUUAUUGACUUCGUGGUUCUACAGGACUUUGAACCAGCACGUACACCAUCAGACGUGCAUGUCGGUGUUCUCAAUCUAGAGCCCUUUACUCCAUUCAACAAUUAUUGUCAGGAGGUAACAAUGAACACAAUAAACGGGUUGCAUGGAGACGGCACUGCACCCGUUAGGAGGAGGUGGAGGAGAUGUAGGAGGAGGAGGAGGAAGCGCGCAAGGCGGCGCCGGGGAACUUUAACGGUGCCGCCCGUCGUGCGUUUCCUCAGUGAGCUGAACAGCUCAGGAGCAGUUGGAGCCAUGGGGCGCUACAGCGGCCAGACCUGCCGGCUGAUCUUCAUGCUCGUCAUCACGGCGGUGUUCUUCGUAGCCGAGAUCGUGGCUGGUUAUCUGGGCAACUCGUUAGCGCUGGUGUCAGAUUCGUUCAAUAUGCUGUCGGACAUCCUGUCCCUGUGCGUGGGACUGGCUUCGGGCAGACUGUCGCGGCGCCCCGCGUCCCCGCAGUGCACAUUCGGACUGGCCCGGGCGGAGGUGGUGGGCGCGCUGGCCAACGCGGCGUUCCUGGCAGCGCUCUGCUUCUCCGUGUCCGCCGAGGCGGUCAAGAGGCUGGCGCGGCCCGAGGCUGUGGACGAGCCGUUCAUAGUAUUGGUCGUCGGCUCUCUCGGACUCGCGGUCAACAUCGUCGGGCUGCUCGUGUUCCAGGACUGCCGCUGGCUGUGCAGGAAGAAGGAUGGGGAUGAGGAAGAGCAGCGCCACGACAAAUGCGCCGACAGCGACGGGAAAAUCGUCAUGAACGGCGAAGCAGGCUUUGAGCUGGCUGCUUCAGGCCACCAAGAUAAGAAGCAGAGUGAAGGACCUCCGCUCAACAUAAGAGGAGUUUUACUGCACGUGCUGAACGAUGCUCUGGGCUCAGUAGUGGUGGUGGUGGCCUCGGCGCUGUUUUACGUACGGCCCCUGCCACCUGAUGCCCCCUGUAACUGGCAGUGUUACGUUGACCCGAGUCUCACCCUGGUCAUGGUGGCAAUCAUCGUGGCCUCCGGUGUUCCUCUGGUGAAAGAAACCAGCAGGAUUUUGCUACAGAUGAGUCCACCUGACCUGGACGUCACCACGAUCUUGGAGGACGUUUGCCAGCUACCCGGAGUCCUCGGCAUUCACGAAGUGCACGUGUGGGAACUGGCCAAAGAUCGCAAUGUGGCCUCCUUGCACGUCAAAGUGACCUCCGACCUGGAGAGCUCCAAAAGCGAAAUCCGGCGCCUCCAUAAGCAGAUCAGAGAGGUGUUCCAUCGCCUGGGAGUCCACAGCGUCACGCUUCAGAUGGAGUUCGUGGACGAGGAGAUGGAGAACAGCCACUGCGUCGCUCCGUGCAUCUCCUACGACUGCCUUAAGGAUUCGUGCUGUCCUACCGAUCGCAAAACUCACAACCAUACCGACCUUCAUAAAGUGAACGUCUCACGUUUUUGCAGAGAAAUACCCACAGACUCGCCACGGGGGCGGAGAGAGGACGUAGAAAACCGCUUGGAGAGCACGCCGUUUUAAACCUUCAGGUCUGGAUUCUGUAACUAAACUAGAAAACUGUCACGUCUCAAACACAACCAUAGAAUCCAUUCAAGUCUAUACAGCUGAGGGACUGUGCAUUUUUCCUCAGAAUGCAAUGCAAUCAUUUGACACUUGAGCUCAAGUGAACUUUGGUUUAGUUAGAAAAUAAUUUAUUAUGGUUCAGUAAACAAAAAAAAAAAGUUUAAUCAACACCCGUUUAUAAUGCAAUUAUAGAUUUUAUUAUUUAAAAAAAAAAAUAAUAAAAUUUUACUCAGGAAAGUGUUGCCCGAGCCCUACUGCUAGUCAACCUAUAGGCUAGCAGACACCUAGCGACUAUGUAUAUUUAAUAUAUAAAAAUAGGCUAGUCGGUAUACUGUAGUCAGGCUUUGCCUGCCUUGAUCUGUACAUUCAUUUUAAUCAUCAUUUUUACAUCCUCAAAGAGACGCAUUCAAAGUCCUUCUUCCCUGCUCAAGAUUUUAUACAAUAUCCGUAAAUAAAAACCGAGCAAAUUCGGCGGAAAAGCUCCAGCUUUACAGUUCACUGUCAUUUGUAUUUUUGCGCUAAAGCUACCCUCGAACAUUCCAGGUAAUUAUAUAACCUCAGUCAGGCACUGCUAACUAGCUGCUAGCUAUGGUUGUGCAAAUGUAGAACUAGUGCACGUGCACACUGUUUUGCUGCUUUUUGGUUAGAGAACGUGCCUAGCAUGGCUCUGAGAAACUGCCUGGAAUGUUUCAGAAGACAUUCAAGGAGUCGAAUAGAUUUUCAACCCAAUUCAGACAGAAAUACUUUCCCUAAUUCUCUAAAGAGAUUAGGAGCAUUACUGCUAACUUGUUACAGGUUUAGCAACCUGAGGAGUCUAUAUAGCCUCAUACUAUUAGCCUGGGUGCAGCUACUGGAGUUGUGAACAGGGAAACCACAAGGUAGCAAGUGAAUUGUAUAUCUACUAAUGAAAUAAUUUGUCAGAAUGAAGUCUGUACAGGACUUUAACACUACAAGAGUCUGGGAUACGAGCCAAAACCUCAUUCCGUUAGCUUACUGGGUGAAGAUGCUGGAUUAUUUCAGGUACCUUUACAAACUAGACCAUUCUGUACUCAAGUGCAAACUACUGUAUUUAUUAAACUUCCUGUACUGUGACUACGACGUGAUCACGUUCUCGUCGACUCUUACGAUAUUAAAUCACAUGGUGCUGUUUGUUCAUAAUGAGCACUGAAUGAAAAGUCCUGAAUUGCAAGAAAAAAAAAAACUAGCAAUAAAACCUAAAUUCAAUCUCAUUACUUUGGCUAUUUAUUUAACACCAUGUAGCAACGAGCAGAAUAAUUUGACUAAUACAGAAUAAAGAUAGUAAUGCUAAUAUUCCAAAGUACUCAAAUUAUUUUUUUGAAAAAAAUAAGGUGAACAAAAAAGGAUGGAAAGGGAAUUGAAAGAAUAAAGAAAAGGAAACCAAUGUGAAAAUUGAAAAUAAAUGAAAACUAGCAAGAAAUAUGAUUAAAGAGAGGGAGAAGAGUAAAGACUGGGGAAAAAUAGGUUAAAGAAACACUAGCUGAUGGAUAAAGGAGAAAAAGAAAUUGAAAGGAUGACAACGAGCAACAAAUGAAAGUUAAAGAAAGCAAAGAAAAUCUUUUUGAUUGAGAUCGAAUUUUAGUCAGAAAGUUAUGUUAGCAUAUGGAAUAGAUGUUAAUUCAAAAAAUAUCGUACUGAGGGAGGGUGUGGUAUUAAACAAUAAUUUAUGGAUUAUAUAAAACUUCAAUUAAGCUAUAAAGUGCAGGGGGAAUUAAUUCAUUCAUCUCAUUAUUUUAAGUAGAACACCAUCAUUUUCAUGCAAUAUUCAGACUACAUUUGGCCUGGUUACAAACCUUAUGAUGGUAAAUAUCAAGUCAAAUUAAUGACCAACAAGAUGGUGGAAAAAGAAUGAACUAUGAAUUCAACAUGGAGUCAGGUCUGCAAUUCAGGGCUUCUGGAGUCGUACAUGGCCUCGGAUUAUAAUUUUCCAAAAAUUCAGUUGUUUUCUUGAGUUUUUGCUGUAUGUUUUUACCUCAUUAUAGAGGGAAAAAACUUUUACCUCACAUAUAACAGGAUAUGUGCCUUAAUUUGGUGGUAUUGCUAUUAUGAAGGAAAAAAUCAUUGUAAAAUUGUAAAUUGUGUCAUUAUUAUUGAUCAACAUGGCAUUGUGUUUGAGAGUUCACGUUUGCACAUUAUGAUAUCAGAAUGUAAUGUAAAUACUGUAUCAAUGUGUACUUUGUUUAGCAAGGAAAGAAAAUCACUAACAAAAAUAGGUAACAAGCUUCAAUCAAAUCCGACUUGCCGGUAUGUAGCAGAUCCUGCCUUAUGUCACUGCUUUCCAGACAUUGCUGAAACAAUCACUGCCAUGGAAAAUUAACAUGGAAAACAAGUGGUAAUUAAAAUUGUAUUGACGUAACUGAAGGAAACAACAACAACAGAAAUGUAAUAGCUGACUUUGGAGCUCUAUUUCUGCUCCAGUGUUCAUUCAGGCUAAAAGCUAAAAAAGAGAAAAACAUUGAUAUUAAGAUGAAUAGAUCACAUUUACCCCCCCAAUAAAAAAAAAAAAAAAAAAAGGCAAUAGUACUCCAAAAUAAAAAAAAAAAAAAACAAAUUCAAAAUAUUCCAAAAACAAGUUACAUGGUGAAGCACGUAUGACUUACUCAUUACAUCAAUGUUGAAAUCACAAAUGUAUAAUCCACUAUCUUAUCAUUAAAUUGGAUUACGUGCCACGUCCAUUGUACAAAUCAUUGUGUGAGUUGCUCCUACAUGACUGUGGUUUAAAUUUGUUUAAUCUCUGGCCCACAUUUCCAGGAACGCAAGUGAAUCCGUGUUAACAAUUGCGCCCGUUUUAAAUGAGCAAUGUCUGGUAAGCAGCCGAAUCUAGUGUCUUAAAUGUGACUGCUUUUUUUUUUUUAUAUUAUAUAUAUAUAUAUAUAUAUAUUCUAUAGAACAUUUGCAAUGUAGGUUUUUGUUUCCAUAAAAUCAAAAUUAAAUUUGA